GAGCGGCGACCCAAAAGUAUUCUAACCACGCGCCCACCAGCCGCAUUGGCGCACCAAGCAAGGCCGUCUCUACUAUGACUUUUGUUCAAAACUCGGACAUAAAUGCGUCAACUACUCCAGAUCUAGAGGAACGUCCUUCAACUCUUCCAAAGCCAUUUGCAACCAUUACCGGCCAGCCCCAGAUUGGCAAACCCAUGUUACCACCAUUUGCGCCAGUCAUAUUUGUGGAGGCCAAGGAAUCAUCUCUCAGCACUGAGCUCGGCGCAGAUAAAUAUGUGCCCAUUAACGUCCCAGCCGAGGAAGCCGAGGCGAAACA